CCCGGCUACUGCGCCGUCUCUGGCCACUGCUUCGCCAGUUGCUGCUGCUAACCAGCCUCAGCUUACCUCCAGCUCUAGCCUUCGCAGUCAGGAAGAUCAUCGGUGCGCGAAGGAAAGCGAUGCCGGAACUAUCCUUCAGCGACUUUUGGAGAGACGCGAGCCUCGGUCGGCUACAGGAGGCACGUGGUGUUGAUUUCUGAUAAUCACGUGGACGUGAAGCUCAGGGACGGCCUGGUAGUCGGCGAUGGUGGUGGUAGAGCGGGUAGCGCGGCAACGGCCGCCGUGUCGGCAGCUGGAGAGACGGGCGUUACGAGGUACCGCGCGCGUUUGUUGCCGUUCGUGGACGGCGGAGACUUGGUGGACCUGUUGGCGAAACAAGAUACGGCGUUUGGCGCUAAAGACCCUCCGUGGGGACCUCACCUUAUCACCGGCCUUCUGACCGUGUUGCCCUUCGCCUACAUCGGGAUGGCAGCUAGAGUGCUGACCAAGUCCAACCGUCUCGGCAGGGAUGACGACCGCGUGGGUCGCGCGGUAGCAAGAGGGGGAGAGCUCAUACGGUCCGUGUCGUUCGCCGACAUUGCCGGGGCAGACGAGGCCAAGGUGGAGCUCAAGGAGCUGGUGGACUUUCUAACAUUUCCUGCGAGGUACGCGGAUGUCGGCGCCAGGCUCCCCAGGGGGGUUCUCCUCUCGGGGCCUUCCGGUACGGGGAAGACCCUGCUGGCGAGGGCGAUGGCGGCGGAGGCGAGAGUCCCGUUCUUUUCGUGCUCCGCCAGCGACUUCGUCGAGAUGCUCGUGGGACGAGGAGCCGCUAGAGUUCGAGACCUUUUUCAGAGGGGUGUUGCAUCGCAACCUAGCAUCAUCUUCAUCGAUGAGCUUGACGCUCUGGCCAAGGUUCGGGGCGGCAUCAACUCUAACGACGAGCGGGAGCAGACCUUGAACCAGCUUUUGACGGAAAUGGACGGUUUCGACAGCGAGGGGCGGAGCGUGCUGGUGGUGGCAGCCACGAACAGGCCCGAGGUUCUCGACCCCGCUCUCACUAGGCCGGGACGUUUCGACAGGCACGUGACGGUGGGACUGCCGGACGCACCGGGGCGAAGGGCGAUCUUGGAGGUGCACUGCAGGAAGGUGCGGAUGCAGGGGGGACGCCAGGACACCAUCGCUGUGCUGGAGAACAUCGCACGCGUCACCGCGGGCUUCUCGGGGGCGGAGCUUGCAAACGUCGUCAACGAGGCGGCCAUUCUCGCAGCAAGACACUCGGAGGUGGAGGUGGGAGUGGGGCACCUGCGGAUGGCGGUAGCUCGCACGAGGGCCUACCGAGAAGAAUACGGCGUCGCCCCUUCCUCCGGGUUGGUGGAUGUCGAUUGAUUGAGCUUCGAUUGGUCUGAGAGGAGAAGAGCGAAUGAAGCGUGUACCGUUUGGGAGCACUUGUACAGCAUGCAGCGAAGGGGAAGGGAAGAAGGGUGGGUUUCGUGUUCGCGUGCAGGGAGAAGCAAACGCGAGAAAGCAAGCGGAAGCGCCGGCUAGUUGGCGCUGACUGUUUCGCGUGUUGCGCCGGUCUGAGAGCAGACUUCGGGUACACGCCGUGCGAUGUUGCCCGCGAUGUAAGUAGUCGUCGCUCACGGAUCGCGUGGUUCACCCCAAUAGGUACGCGUGCGUACGGCGGAGGUAUGCGUGUGCUACCCCGACGGCAUGCGUGCACUUACAUACCUUGCGCGUCUUGCACAUAAAUCGAAGCACAAAAAGCGGGUCGCGAAACGGGGGGGGCAUGGGGGGGCAUCGAGGGCAAUCUGUUCACUGCGAGGAGUCGAGUUUGUCCCGAUGGGCCCGUACCGAAUCUAGGUAAACAUCAAGGACAAUAGUUGGCGACGAAAAACAUAUGGGGCGGGAUUUCGGAGUGUGAAAGGUUGCGCGGGUUGCGAAUGAACCAUGCAACUAUUGGGUGGGCCUGCUCUGUUCAUGUUCUUGGGGGUUGGUGAGAGAACAGCAUCGCACGGACUACCGAAUACCGUGUCAAGCUGGUCCAAUGACGAGAGGCAGCGUGUUGGAGUGUCAGCGCGCUGGUGGUGUGAACGUAACGGGUGGGGUGACGGUUCUUGCAUGUUUUCCUCGAGGUUUGAAUAAAUUUCCCACGUUCGCCGCGUAAGGACGCGAAAGGAACACGUGCCAACCGAUGUCUUUGAUUAGUAAAAUAGAAAAUCUCCGAUUUCAUUGGCAAGUGUUGAAAGGGUCGUCAUUUGCAAAUGGAGUAAAUUUCAAUGGAAUAGUUAUGUGCGGUAGCUGUUAACGAGUGGUAUCCGAAG